AUGACACAGCAGUGCUCAGUACGUCCAGUCAGUGCUCAGUACCUCCAGCCAGUGCUCAGUACCUCCAGUCAGUGCUCAGUACCUCCAGCCAGAGCUCAGUACCUCCAGUCAGUGCUCAGUACCUCCAGUCAGUGCUCAGUACCUCCAGUCAGUGCUCAGUACCUCCAGCCAGUGCUCAGUACCUCCAGUCAGUGCUCAGUACCUCCAGUCAGUGCUCAGUACCUCCAGCCAGUGCUCAGUACCUGCUGCCAGUGCUCAGUACCUCCAGCCAGUGCUCAGUACCUCCAGCCAGUGCUCAGUACCUCCAGCCAGUGCUCAGUACCUCCAGCCAGUGCUCAGUACCUGCUGCCAGUGCUAAGUACCUCCAGCCAGUGCUCAGUACCUCCAGCCAUUGCUCAGUACCUCCAGCCAGUGCUCAGUACCUCCAGUCAGUGCUCAGUACCUCCAGCCAGUGCUCAGUACCUCCAGUCAGUGAUCAGUACUUCCAGCCAGUGCUCAGUACCUCCAGUCACUGAUCAGUACUUUCAGCCAGUGCUCAGUACCUCCAUACCACCAUCACUGCUCAGUACCUCCAGCCAGUGCUCAGUACCUCCAGCCAGUGCUCAGUACCUCCAGCCAGUGCUCAGUACCUCCAGCCAGUGCUCAGUACCUCCAGCCAGUGCUCAGUACCUGCUGCCAGUGCUCAGUACCUCCAGCCAGUGCUCAGUACCUCCAGCCAUUGCUCAGUACCUCCAGCCAGUGCUCAGUACCUCCAGCCAGUGCUCAGUACCUCCAGUCAGUGAUCAGUACUUCCAGCCAGUGCUCAGUACCUCCAGUCAGUGCUCAGUACCUCCAGUCAGUGCUCAGUACCUCCAGCCAGUGCUCAGUACCUGCUGCCAGUGCUCAGUACCUCCAGCCAGUGCUCAGUACCUCCAGCCAGUGCUCAGUACCUCCAGCCAGUGCUCAGUACCUCCAGCCAGUGCUCAGUACCUGCUGCCAGUGCUAAGUACCUCCAGCCAGUGCUCAGUACCUCCAGCCAUUGCUCAGUACUUCCAGCCAGUGCUCAGUACCUCCAGUCAGUGCUCAGUACCUCCAGCCAGUGCUCAGUACCUCCACCAGUGCUCAGUACCUCCAGUCAGUGAUCAGUACUUCCAGCCAGUGCUCAGUACCUCCAGUCAGUGCUCAGUACCACCAGUCAGUGCUCAGUACCUCCAGCCAGUGCUCAGUACCUCCAGCCAGUGCUCAGUACCUCCAGCCAGUGCUCAGUACCUCCAGCCAGUGCUCAGUACCUCCAGCCAGUGCUCAGUACCUGCUGCCAAUGCUCAGUACCUCCAGCCAGUGCUCAGUACCUCCAGCCAUUGCUCAGUACCUCCAGCCAGUGCUCAGUACCUCCAGCCAUUGCUCAGUACCUCCAGCCAGUGCUCAGUACCUCCAGUCAGUGCUCAGUACCUCCAGUCAGUGCUCAGUACCUCCAGUCAGUGCUCAGUACCUCCAGCCAGUGCUCAGUACCUCCAGUCAGUGAUCAGUACUUCCAGCCAGUGCUCAGUACCUCCAGCCAGUGCUCAGUACCUCCAGCCAGUGCUCAGUACCUGCAGCCAGUGCUCAGUACCUGCUGCCAGUGCUCAGUACCUCCAGCCAGUGCUCAGUACCUCCAGCCAUUGCUCAGUACCUCCAGCCAGUGCUCAGUACCUCCAGCCAGUGAACAGUACCUCCAGGCAGUGCUCAGUACAUCCUGCCAGUGCUCAGUAUCUCAAGGCUGCUCAAUACCUCCAGCCAGUGCUCAGUACCUCCAGCCAGUGCUCAGUACCUCCAGCCAGUGCUCAGUACCUUCAGCCAGUGCUCAGUACCUCCAGCCAGUGCUCAGUACCUUCAGCCAGUGCUCAGUAUCUCAAGACAGUGCUCAGGUGCUGA